UGUUGUGUUGUGUCAGAGGAUCCGUCUUCGCUGUCAUAUAUCUCAGGUUUUUAAUUAGCCGGGUAUUUAGCCCUCUAGCCUAGGCCCUAAUUGGUGCUAAUUUUUGCAUAGGCUUAAUUUUUAUUUUAAUUACGAGCGGACGGCAAGUAAUGGGCGUUUUCUUAAUUUAUUAAUGAUAAUUUCCAGCCAUGGUUUUAUGAAGGCAAGCUAUUUAACAGACAACCAUGAGAUAUGAGCUACUAUGAUUCUGAUGUGCAGACGCCUUUGUUUGGCGAGCCUCAAACUAGAGACAGAGCAGUUAACUUAGGUAUUGGAAUUGUCACUGGAGUUUCAGUUUUUAUUACGUUGGUGAGUGCAAUUGUUUUUCCAUGGCCACCUCGUGGGAUCAACCUGUUCUUUGCAACAGUGAUUGUUUGCAUUUGUGUGGGAAACAUGAUUCUGAUAUACUGGUACCGGAAAGGAGAUGUUGACCCUAAGUUUCGUUCCUUAAUCUACUUCAAUGCUUUCACGUUGGUUCUAUUGUGUAUAAGCGCCAACUUAUAUUUCCAUGAAAUAAAAUUCUAACUCCAGGCUUUAUUGUACAUUAUUAUUUAUAUAUAUUUUAUUUGAAAUUGUAAAAAUAUGAUGAGCGACUCUGAAAAUUUAAAUUUUUAAUGGAAAAUAUGUUUAUGUUAUUAAAUUAAAUGUUACAAUUACUGCAUCAGUUUGUAUUAUAAAAUAUAAUUCUAACGCCAGGCUUUAUUGUACACUAUUAUAUAUUUAUAUUUUAUCUGAAAUUUUCAAAAAUAUGAUGAGCGACUAUGAAAAUUUAAAUUUAUAAUGGAAAAUAUGUUUAUGUUAUUAAAUUAAAUGUUACAAUUACUGCAUCAGUUUGUAUUAUGAAAUAAUAUUAAUUUAUGUAAAUUUUAUAAUUGUAUUAGGUGUAAAUCUCAAUUAGAGAAUUUAACAAAUCCUGUUGCUGGACAGAAAAAUUAACCUAACUGUACUACCAUAUCAUGGCCUAUGAUAAGACACUUUUUGAAGUUACCUGAUUGUUUAGUAAAUAUUUGUGAUAAUGAUUUUUUGUAAAAUUUUCUAAUAGGGAUGUACACUUAGUUGUAUAUGAACUUACUUUUCUUUGUGAAGACAAAUUAAUUAAGUAUAUUAUGUGCAAAUGAUAUUUUCGUGGAUCUCAUGUAAUUUAUUGAAGUUUCCAUUUUAUUCGAAGAAUAAAAAUAGUAAGAGUAUGUGCAAAAAA